AUGGACAUGUACUUCACUAGUAGACGACCAUUGUGGAUGGUGGACAGUAAGAUAAUGAAGGCUCGCUCAGAUUUUCAGUGGCUCUUCUCCUCAGUUCUUCUUCUCUAUCUAAUGAAUCAAGUAAAUAGCCAGAAGAAAGGAGUUCCUCACGAUCUGACGUGCACAACCAGCAAUUUAAACCUGUGGGACUGUUCUUGGAAAGCGCCCUCUGGUCAUGGUGCCCGCUACGAAGUUUGCAUUGACAACAGGUUCAUUUGUUACCAGUUAGCGAAAACAAAUAUGAAAAUCCCAGCUCUUGCACGUGGUGAUCAUGAAAUAACAAUAAAUGCUCAACAUGAUUUUAGAAGUUCUACAAGUAAAUUUACACUAAAUGAAGAAAACGUUUCCUUAAUUCCAGAUACUCCGGAGAUCUUGAACUUGUCUGCUGAGUUUUCAACUUCUACAUUGCACAUCAAGUGGAAUGACAAGGGUUCUAUUUUUCCACAUCACUCAAAUGCCAUCUGGCAAAUUAAAAUUCUACGUAAAAAGAGGAUGGAAAUUGUAACAAUAGUGACCCACAACACAACACUGAAUGGUAAAGAUACAGUUCAUGAGUGGAGUUGGACCUCAGACAUACCCUUGGAAUGUGUCACACAUUUUGUGUCAAUCAGAUGCUACAUUGAGGACCUUCAUUUCUCUGGUCAUAAAGAGUGGAGUCGCUGGAGCCCAGUCAAGAACAUUUCUUGGUCUUCUGGUUCUCAGCCUAAGGUUUUUCCUCAGGACAAAGUGAUACUAGUAGGUUCAAAUAUAACAUUUUGCUGUGUAAUUCAAGAACAAGUCUUAUCAGCACUGAUUGGCAAUGAGCAGUGUCCCCUUAUCCAUCUUGAUGGAGAAAAUGUUGCGAUCAAGAUCUAUAAUAUUUCUAUUUCUCAGAGCAGUGGAACAAACGUGGUUUUCACAACAGACAACAACAUGGUUGGAACAGUUGUUUUUGCAGGAUAUCCCCCUGAUAGUCCUCAAGAACUGAGUUGUGAAACUCAUGAUUUAAAGGAGAUUAUAUGCACUUGGAACCCAGGGCGGGUGACGGGAUUGUUGGGUCCACGCAAUACAAGUUACACCUUACAUGAAAGUUUUUCAGGGAAAAAAACUGCAUUUAAAAGAACUGAUGAGCCCACAAACGAAAGCUAUCAAUUAUUGUUUCAGCUGAUUCCAAAUCAGGAAAUAUAUAAUUUUACUUUGAAUGCUCAGAAUCCUUUGGGUCAAUCAGAAGCCACAAUUUUAGUCAACAUAACUCAAAGAGUUUAUCCCCAUACUCCUACUUCAUUCAAAGUGAAGGAUACUAACUCAACAGCAGUUACACUGUCUUGGGACUUAUUAGGCAGCUUUGCAAAGAUUAAUCUUUUAUGUCAAAUUGAAAUUAAUAAAAGUAAUUCAGAACAAGAAUUGCGGAACAUCACAGUAGAAGGCCUAGAAAACUCAACUUAUCUCGUUACCUUGGACAAAUUAAAUCCAUAUACUAAUUAUACCUUUCGGAUUCGUUGUGCUUCUGAAACUUUCUGGAAAUGGAGCAACUGGACCAUUGAAAAACAGCACCUAACCAUAGAAGCCAUUCCUUCAAAGGGACCAGAUACCUGGCGAGAGUGGAGUUCUGAUGGAAAAAAUUUAAUAAUCUAUUGGAAGCCUUUGCCCAUUAAUGAAGCUAACGGAAGAAUACUUUCCUAUAAUGUAUCAUGCUCAUUGGAUGAGAAAACCCAGUCCCUUUCUGAGAUUCCUGAUCGACAACACAAAGCUGAAAUACAACUUGAUAAAAAUGAUUACAUCAUCAGCGUAGUCGCAAAAAAUUCUGCUGGAUCGUCUCCACCUUCAAAGAUACCUAGCAUGGAAAUUCCAAAUGAUGACCUCAAAAUCGAGAAGGCUGUUGGAGUGGGCCGUGGGAUUUCCCUCACCUGGAAUUACGAUCCAAAUAUGACUUGCGACUACGUCAUUAAAUGGUGUAACUCGUCUGGGCCUAGACCCUGCCUGAUGGACUGGAAAAAAGUCCCUUCAAACCGCACAGAAGCUGUCAUAGAAUCUGAUGAGUUUCAACCUGGUGUAAGAUACCAUUUUUUCCUGUAUGGAUGCAGAAACCGAGGCUAUCAGUUACUGCGUUCCGUAAUUGGCUAUAUAGAAGAACUGGCUCCCAUUGUAGCACCAAAUUUCACUGUUGAAGAUACAUCUGCUGAUUCCAUAAUCGUAAAAUGGGAAGAUAUUCCCGUGGAAGAACUUAGAGGCUUUUUAAGAGGAUAUUUAUUUUACUUUGGAAAAGGAGAAAGAGGUACAUCAAAGAUGAGGGGCCUGGAAUCAGGCCCUUCUGAUGUAAAGGUUAAGAAUAUUACCGACCUAUCUCAGAAGACAUUGAGAAUUGCCGAUCUUCAAGGUAAAACAAGUUACCAUCUGGUGCUGCGAGCCUACACGAGUGGAGGAAUAGGUCCCGAGAAGAGCAUGUACGUGGUGACAAAGGAAAACUCUGUGGGAUUAAUUAUUGCCAUUCUCAUCCCAGUGGCAGUGGCUGUCAUUGUUGGAGUGGUAACUAGUAUCCUUUGCUAUCGGAAACGAGAAUGGAUUAAAGAAACCUUCUACCCUGAUAUUCCAAAUCCAGAAAAUUGUAAAGCCUUACAGUUUCAGAAGAGUGUCUGUGAGGGAAGCAGUGCUCUUAAAACAUUGGAAAUGAAUCCUUGUACCCCAAAUAAUGUUGAGGUCCUGGAAACGCGAUCAACAGUGCCUAAAAUCGAAGACACUGAAAUAAUUUCCCCAGUAGCUCAGCAUCCUGAAGAUGGCUCCGAAGCUGAACCUGAAAACCAUGUGGUUGUGUCCUAUUGCCCGCCAAUCAUUGAGGAAGAAAUAGCAAAUCCAGCAGUGGAUGAAGCCGGAGGAACCUCACAAGUCAUCUAUAUUGAUGUGCAGUCCAUGUACCAGCCUCAGGCGAAACCAGAAGAAGAGCAAGAAAGCGACUCUGGAGGGGGCUCAGGCUACAAGCCACAGAUGCAUCUCCCCAUUACUUCUCCGGUAGAAGAUUUAACUGCAGACGAUGACUUGGAUAAAACUACAGGCUACAGACCUCAGGCAAAUGUAAAUACUUGGAACUUAGUAUCCCCAGAUUCUCCAAGAUCCACUGACAGCAACAGUGAAAUUGUGUCUUUCGGAAGCCCGUGCUCCAUCAAUUCCCGACAGUUUCUGAUUCCUCCUAAAGAUGAAGACUCUCCCAAAUCAAGUGGAGGGGGCUGGUCCUUCACAAACUUCUUUCAGAACAAACCCAACGACUAA